AUGUUCGGCGACGAACAGACGAGUCGACGAUUUUACCUCAAGCAGGAAGUUGACUGGUUGCAGAGCGGUGAGACACGGUUCCGCCAACAACAUAUGGAUCUCUUUCAUAUCGAGACGGAAGACCUCGGCACCAUCCACAAGGUCAUUAUCGGUCACGAAGCAGAAGGAUACGGUGCUGGAAUCUUUAUCGACUACGUACUGAUCACGGAAAAUCUGGUCGAUGGUCGACAAUUCGUUUGCUAUUGUUCGAAAUGGUUCGACAGUGGUCAGGUCGAUGGAAAGAUCGAAAGAAUUCUUUCUGUAUCAGCAUUCUACUACUUAGAUAGCGCACCUGAUAAAAGUGUCAUAUCACAAGGUCGAUGGGAGGUCAUUCUUCAUAACGGGAUGGAAGACGGUACUGGUGGCACGACAUCUAAUCUGAUUAUCAUCGGUUACGGUACCGAAGGAAGCUCAGUGAUGAAUAUUGGCAACGACAAAACAAUGCUUGCCGUACCGGACACGACCCUGAUCCAGAUGGACUUCGGUGCCAUUGGUGACCUUCUGAAGAUUCGUUUCGAGAUUGAUGGUGUUGGCGACCAACCAGAUUACUACCUUGAAUGGGCUGAAUUACGUGAUCUUGACACGGAUGAACGGAUAACGGUGCGUGUUGCUAAAUGGAUGGACAUUACUGGUAUACGAACGAAACGACCGCAAGCAUUCCGUGAAAUCAGCAUCUUUCGGUCAGGUGAACAACCGUUGCAAAUUCAAAACUACGAUGGCAAGGUGACCGCAGGUGAUAUGCGACUUCUGAACGAUGACAGCCUGCAAGCGCAACUGAUCGGGGACUAUAGCGACAGCGGCAUAUUCCCACUGAUUUACAAUCGGAACAAAAAGGUAAAUUACGAAUUAUCCACCGAGUAA